UAGAUAUUUCCUUUGUCAGGUGGCCGGAAGGAGCCGAGGGAGGUAGAAGACUACACAUUGCAGAUUGUUGUGUGUGUUUCAAUUGGCUUUCGGGAAGCGGCAGGGGAGCCCGCACUCCACCGCGCACAAAAGAGCUUCUCGCAUGCUCCAUGCCCAGCCCUGCGAUGCUCCUACCCGGUGAGCGAUUGAAAUCAUCCCCGACUCGCUCCCCAUGACGGAAGACUUCAAGCAUGGUGCAAAAAUCCCGCAACGGCGGUGUUUACCCGGGUCCAGCCGGAGAGAAAAAGCUCAAAGUAGGAUUCGUAGGGCUCGAUGCUGGGGCACCCGACUCCAGCAGAGAUGGGGCGCUGCUUAUCGCUGGAUCAGACGCUACCAAGCGAGGCAGCAUCUUAAGUAAACCGAGAUCCAGCGUCACAGGCACUGGGAAACCUCCGAAGAGGAACGCCUUUUAUCGAAGAUUGCAGAAUUUCCUCUACAAUGUUUUGGAAAGACCAAGGGGAUGGGCGUUUAUCUACCAUGCUUAUGUUUUUCUGCUAGUGUUCUCCUGUCUAGUGCUGUCAGUCUUUUCCACUAUCAAGGACUAUGAAAAAAGUUCUGAAGAUGCCCUGUACAUACUGGAAAUCGUGACAAUCGUGGUGUUCGGUGUGGAGUACUUUGUGAGAAUCUGGGCGGCUGGCUGCUGCUGUCGUUACAGAGGAUGGAGGGGGAGGCUGAAAUUUGCCCGCAAACCUUUCUGUGUGAUCGACAUCAUGGUGCUGAUCGCAUCCAUCUCCGUGCUGGCCGCUGGCACCCAGGGAAAUGUGUUUGCCACCUCUGCCAUCCGGAGCUUGAGGUUCCUGCAGAUCCUGCGGAUGAUCCGAAUGGACCGUCGAGGCGGCACCUGGAAGCUCCUGGGAUCAGUUGUCUAUGCUCACAGCAAGGAACUCAUCACUGCUUGGUACAUCGGUUUCCUCUGUCUCAUUCUGGCUUCUUUCCUGGUAUACCUGGCAGAGAAGGAAGACAACAAGGAGUUUGAAACCUACGCUGACGCACUGUGGUGGGGACUUAUCACUCUGACUACCAUAGGUUAUGGUGACAAAUAUCCGGUAACAUGGAAUGGUCGUCUUCUUGCUGCUACGUUCACCCUGAUAGGAGUGUCAUUCUUUGCACUUCCAGCUGGUAUCCUGGGCUCUGGGUUUGCCCUGAAGGUCCAGGAACAACAUCGACAAAAACAUUUUGAAAAACGCCGAAAUCCUGCAGCAGGCCUUAUCCAGGCUGCAUGGAGAUUCUAUGCUACCAACCUCAGUCGUACAGAUCUGCAGUCGACAUGGAAUUACUAUGAGCGGACGGUGUCUGUACCGAUGUACAGGUUAAUCCCUCCUCUGAAUCAGCUGGACCUACUGCGCAACCUGAAGAGCAAGUCUGGACUGUCCUUCAGGAAAGAGCCCCAGCCCGAGCCUUCCCCCAGUAAAGAGAGUUCAUGCAAAGAAACACUAUGUGGGUGCUGCCCAGGAAAAACUAGUCAGAAAGUCAGCCUGAAGGAGCGGGUGUUCUCUAGCCCUCGCAGCUCGGGGGCGAAGGGCAAGGGCUCCCCCCAGGGGCAGGCCAUGCGCAGGUCCCCCAGCGCAGACAACAGCAUGGAGGACAGCCCCAGCAAGGUGCCGAAGAGCUGGAGCUUCGGCGAUCGUAGCCGGGCGCGCCAGGCCUUCCGCAUCAAGGGGGCCGCGUCUCGCCAGAACUCGGAAGUGCUGAUUGAGAUGCAGGACGAAGAAUACAGAUUGAAGAGCUCGCCAGAAGCCAGCCUGCCUGGAGAAGACAUUGCUGAUGAUAAUAAGAGCUGCCAUUGUGAGUUUGUGACACAGGACUUAACCCCCGGAUUAAAGGUUACAAUCCGGGCAGUGUGCAUAAUGAGAUUUAUGGUUUCAAAGCGAAAGUUCAAGGAGAGCCUGAGGCCUUAUGACGUGAUGGAUGUAAUAGAGCAGUACUCGGCUGGGCAUUUGGACAUGCUGGCUCGGAUUAAAAACCUCCAGUCCAGGAUAGAUAUGAUUGUGGGUCCCCCUCUCCCCUCAACUCCCCGGCAUAAGAAGUAUGCAUCCAAAGGACCCAUGUUCUCUUCCAAAGAUUCACCCCAAUACUCUCCUAGAGUGGACCAGAUAGUUGGGAGAGGUACUCCUGUGACUGAUAAAGACCGAACUAAAGGGUCUGCAGAAGGAGAAAUGCCAGAAGAUCCCAGCAUGAUGGGACGUCUUGUCAAGGUGGAAAAACAAGUGAUGUCAAUGGAAAGGAAGCUGGACUUCUUGGUGAAUAUCUAUGUGCAGCGGAUGGGCAUCCCUCAGUCCGAGACAGAAGCCUACUUUGGAUCCAAGGAGCCGGACCCGGCGCCCCCUUACCACAGCCCGGUGGACAGCAGGGAGCACAUGGAGAAGAACGGCUGCAUCACCAAGAUCAUCCGCUCCAACAGCUCCGUGGGGCAGAAGAACUUUGAUGCCCCCCCGGCUUCUACUGGACCCCAGAACCACUGCCCUCCUUCCACUUCAUGGCAGCAGCAGCCCAUCAGUGAGUACCACCGCUGUAGCCAAGGCACCUCCCCAGUGGGGGACCCCUCCUCACUGGUCAGGAUCCCCCCUCCCCCCUCUCACGAUCGCUCGUCAGCUGGACACAACGGGAGCAGCCGCGGGGGCUCCGACCACCCGCGCGCCGAAGACGGGAAACAGCACGACAGCGCCCUGAGGGACAGUGACACCUCCAUCUCCAUCCCCUCCGUGGACCACGAGGAGCUGGAGCGGUCCUUCAGCGGCUUCAGCAUCUCCCAGUCCAAGGAGAACUUGGACUUCCUCAAUAAUGCCUACUUCGGAGGUGUGGCCCUGUGCGCGAAGGUCAGGCCCUACAUCGCGGAGGGGGAGUCUGACACCGACUCGGACCUGUGCACGCCCUGCGGCCCCUCCCCGCACUCCGCCACUGGGGAGGGGGCUUACGGGGACAGAGGGUGGUCCAGCUCCAAGUAGGGAAGGCCAAGGACGACGACGGGUGUGUCCAGACAGGCCGGGCGAUCAAGCCUGGAAAUGUGGUCCUGAGCUCCCUACAGAAUUAGGAGACUGAGCGCGGAUAAACUCCUCCUUAUAUUUCGAACCACCUGGCUUUCUUUGUAGUGACUGCUGUGGACCCAGGCCACACUAAAGCUGUUUUUAAAAAAAAAAACUGAGGUUUUUCUAAGAGGGGCGUUCUGGUAAACGUUGGCAGGAGGCAAGCGCUUUUUCCACACCGUCAGCUCUGUCGUCUAGGCAGUGUGAAUGACCGUUUUGACUUAACAGAAAUGAUUUCACAACCCCCAAGUCUAGCUGUAGUUGGCCCUCCACCCCUCACCUCCAUUGUCUACUGAAUGUAUUUAAUUUCACAUCAGCUGAAGGUGAUUCUACUAAGGAAGGAGGGCCCAUCAUAAAACUUAAUUGCAGGUCUUAAUCACUUUAAAAAGUGGAGGUAUUGGCAGGGCUAAUUUAGUUUCUGCUGUGUGAAGUUUGGAUCUGACAAUUACAGGAUGAUGCAACUGUAUAGAUGUUACUUCACAAUGGGUAAUACAGUGAUGUAAUGCAUUACCUUUACCCAUCACCACUGACACAGCACACACUCAUUUUUAUGGGCUUUUCUUGCAAUGUAACACUUCCUUUGUUUCUUAGUAUACAGUGCUGUAUACACUCGACUGUGGCUUUGACAUAAGUAACGUGCAGCUCAUUUUUAAUAUACAUAGAAAAAGGGCUGGGAAGCCUUUGAAGUGAAUCUGCAUUUUGGUGUGGCAUGUUAAUCAAAGCAUGUAGUUAAACAGGAAUGUAAAUUUAGUGAUUAUUUAACAAAUAUCGGUCAGCAUCAGCAAGCAGUGUAACUGGAAAACUCUUAGAGCAUAAACUAAAUGCUUAUUCUGAGAUAACUUUAAAAAUGUGAAAAUCAUUACUGAAGUACAGUGACAAAGGUUCUCUCAAAGCCAUGUUUAUAUAUGGUAUAAUAAGCAUAUCAGGGAAUGUUCCAAACCAUGUGAGACAAAAUUCAAAGACUGUGUAUAAUCAUUACAGGGUCUGAUGAGGAAAACACUUGAGAUGAUAAAAAAUAUUUUCUUUGUUAUUGUUGCCAGAUUCUUUUUCAUCCGAGUUAUCAAAUCCAUAACUUUGUAUGGUACUCAGCACAUAGAUAUUUCAUUUCAUACAACUGGUUAUGUAAAAAAAAUCUAUUUUACCUUGACCUUUUUAUAAUCGAAUAUAUUUCUAAGAAGGGGAAAUUAAAUGGAAAUGAAUUUGAACAAAACAUUUGUUACAGCUCUUGAAAAGGGGCAUGCAAAGUCAUUUAAGAUAGUUUUUUAAUGUGUUAUUUAAAUGCAGUGUUCCGAAAAUCCCUAUAGCAUGACUCAGCAUACUAUACAUCACAAUGUGGACUGCACCUAGCCACAUUAACAAAGAAAUAAAAAAAUACUUUCCCAUAAACUCACAUUCAUAUACACACUGUCACGAUGAAAGCCAGGUUGAAGUUGAAAAACGAUGCCUGUAAUAGCAUGCUUCAUAUAUGUAUGAAAAAAUAUUUUUAAGACCUCAUAGGGCUGGGUAUGCAAUAGCAAAUUUUAAUUGCUUUUUAAAAGGUUGUGCAGAAAAUGUGAGUGAUUCCAGCAGGCUUUGAUGACUUUUUGUUAAAAGUCAGUCAAAACCUCAACAGAAUAUAAGCAAGGAGAAAACUGAAUUCUGUCAUACACAGCAAUCUAGCAAAGACAAAUAGGGCUGGGUAUGUAAAAACAAUUUUCUGGAAAGCAAUUAGAAGAUGAUAAUGUUGCAUUAUACAACAAUAGUUUUAAAAUGUACUUUAAAUGUAUACAGUAUCACCAUUACCAUGUAUUUGAAGACAAAAUAGUUUCAGAAUUUCAAACACAAUGUUUAUGGUAGAAACAGCUCAAUAGAAGUGGGCUGUGUUUUUUCAUAGGCCAGGCAGAUACAGACAUCCAGUGCUUUGCUUAUAUAAAAAGCAUAUAUUCGUGCGUUUUUCUUUUUCUAAUAAUGGAGUCCAAAUUUAAAAGUUCGAUUCCAGAACGUGCUCUGUUAUCACUUAAGUUGUACAUUUGCACAGGCUUUAGCAAGCUUUUCGUCUAUCAAUGUUUUGUUAUUAGAUCUAUAGGUAAGUGUGCAGCUGAAUGAACUGCAUUUGUAGAAUUCCGAUGGUUUUGUGAAAGACAAAGGAAAAAAAAAAGGGUACGCAUUUUGCACCAACGUGAAUUAGAGUAAGCAGAGGUCAGCGCACGCACUAUUAAGCCAAGCCAACCUUUAUCUAAAAAGGAUGGACGUUUUAGUGUCAGGAUUAGUUGAAUGUAAAUGUAAAGAUGAACUGAAACAUCUUCAGAAUUUGAGUCCACUUCAGGUGGACUAAGUAACAAGAAAGAACAUCCCUGAAAAGAUUAGACAGGCCAUGGUUUAGCACCUGGUUAAUUAAAGUUCAGUUUACAUUGCUGGAAUCCAAUAUGUAAUCUUAAAUUAUUUUCUGUAUACAGCAUUGGAGCAAACUGCCCUUAGACUUGCAGUUUUCAGUGCUGUUCACAGGAUGGCAGCUACAAGUGUAAAAACAGAGUGUAAUCUCACCCAUCUCUGCUUUAUCUGCUUGUGUGGUAAAAGAAAAGAGAGGCAAAAAGAGUACAAAUUCCAAUGAGACUUUCUCUGAAGUGACAUCCUCUCUGAAUUCAUUGCAAUUCAUUGUUAUGUUGACCUAUUUCUCUUACCCUCACAGAUGUGGUUUUAACAGUAUGAAACAAACCACAAAGCUUACAAAACUGAAGAAUUGAGCCUGUGUUGUAUUUAUUUGAAAUGUGUGCUCAACCUGUUUUGUCUUUCAACCACAGCUCAUGCAGUCUUUAAAAAUUUGCCUGGGCAAAUGUAAGCUUUGCGUAUUUUUGGAUAAAGGUGUUUUAAAGAUUGUGUUUUCCGUGAGCUGUGUGGAAGCAUCAUUAUGACACAAAGCACAUGCUACAGUGCUCCACCGAUUGUGCCUCAGACCCCUUGACCCUUCAGAGGUGGCCUGAGCUCAGUCCAGCACUUCUUAGCCCUGGGGCUGUGCCACAAACAGGCACAGGACACUGCAGGGCUCUGGACAGUGCAGAAUGGGCUGAGGAUAAUCAGCUGGUUAGCCUAGAGUGAUAUCGGAACCCCAAAAUAAAAGGCAUAAACAAACUGCAGGCAUCUCAUCAAAUGUUUCAUAAUCCCUGAAUCUUAAAAUGUGUGUUAUAUUGUUUGUUUUCAUGUAGUUCAUGUUGUUCAGUUUUACUUUCUAAAAGUUAAUCAAUCCACCAGCUCCGCUGAUACAAAUGGAGUGAUACAGUGUAACUUUUCCCCCCCACGGCACAGGCUCCAUAUUUUUCUCUUCUCAAGUAGCCAAACCAAUAGAAGAGUCUUUUUCAUUCAAGAUAACUUGCUGCUACUAUGGCAAUGGGAUCAAAAUGCCUGGUUUUUGGACAAAGCUGAGUAAUGAACAGACAUUAUUUCUUUUUUUAUAUGAGCAGCAGUUGCCCGAAAUGAGAUGGUUAUGGGGAAGGACCCAUCCCAGCUGUAUUCAGAAUCUUCAAAUUGUGUGGUCAUGUCAUCAAUAUCACCCAAUUUGCAAAAUCAGGAGAGGCUCAAACACCUGACCUGCUUAGUCAGAAGUAUUGAUCUGUGUAUGACAGAUAGAAAUCCAUAAAAGUGAUUCAGGAAACAGCUGGACGGGAUUCUUGGAUCAAUUGGCUUCUCACAACAAAAUAAGCCGGACAGGCCAAAUGGCUGCCUGUCGUUUGUAGUUCUUCCUGUGGUCUUAAAAGAUAUGCUUUAUUUCCCUGCCUUUCUUCCCUUAACUAUUCUUUGUCUGUGCUGCUUUGUGUGCAGAUGGUGUUUUCCCCCAAAGAUUUCUCUCAUACUGAUGCCUUGGCUUAGGAGUUGGGGGCAUUUAAGGAGUGUUUUUGUUUCACUGGUGAGCUCUCAGUUGCCCAUGGUGCACGGAAAAUACAGCUGUGAAUGUAAAUGACUUCCAACACCAUCGCUUUACAGUAUAUACGUCUCACAUGUCUGAUUGGGAACUUAUUCUCAGCCUACAGCCGGUUUGCUCUUUUCACUCACUGUGAGAGAAACCUCUUACUGUUCAUGGGUGACAUGUUUUGGCAGGGUUUUCUCGCUGCACAUUGCUCACUGUCUUUUUCUCAAUAGCUUUACGUUGAUAGACAGAGAAAUGUUUGCUUGAUUUAAAACAAAGUCAUCACCACUGUCUGCAAAGUGAAGCAGGGUAAUGAUGAUAGUGGCAAUUCAUAGACACCAGUAACUGUGCUUUGAAUCAUAUGGGUUUUUAUAAGCUUUCAAAUGUUCCAUGAGUCACUGUUGUUGCCAUAACGGGAUUUUCUAUUGCUGAUUUGUUUUUUAAAAAAGAAUGUUAAUCUGAUAGCAAUGGGAUGCCUUUAUUUUUCCUUUAAACAUGGCCUCUGUAAGCAUCUUAAGCAAAGAAAAACACUGUGCUAGUAACAUUUCUGCUGCUCCUAACAUUGUGGAAUAGAGUAGAGCUCUAAUUGUGAAAGAAAAAACAAUUGGCUUUCUUUGUCAGACAUUGUAAGUGGCAGAUAUGGGUUUCCUAUGUUUCUCGUCUAUUUUGUAAGUCAUUUCCAGACUUACUUUAUUUUUUAUUGUCCUGAACAUCGUGGUAGCACGUUUGGGAUUUCCAACAAAUGUGUUCUUCAGAGAGAGUUGCUGUUAGUUUUAAGAAAUCCAAAUCCAAUGUUUAUUUUGGGGGGAAAUACAGUAAAUGGGUGAACUACAGAGGUUAGGUCUCUGAGUUGGGGUCUUCCACUGUGUGCAGAUAGAAUUAACGACAAGGGUCUUGUCAGAAUUUGCUGCUGUUUGGCAGCUGUGGGUGACUGGUCAGAAGACUGUGCAUUUAUUAUUGCCCUUUGCAUUGAUGGUAGCAUUCAUGGUACACUUCUGAAUGUAUUGCUUUUACCGAACUUCUCGGAGCUCCUCAGUCAAUGUAAGGAAAACAAUCACACAGUGUUAAUGAGUGACAAGAGCAAUACCAAACAGCGAGCAGAUCUUGACGUUCAGAACUUUACAAUAUGGACUACCAGUCCUGAAAGCCUUAAUUUUAGACGUACAGUAUGACACUUAGUGGUUGCAUCAGUUAACUACCGCUAAUUUCUUUUGCUCUGACUUCAUCUUUUUACUUAAACCGAUGAAAGCGUGAAAGAAAAAUCUUUUCAUAUCAAUUUUCUGAUGUACCUAGGGUCUUCAACAGUUUAACACAAUCAAAGUGUUUUAAAAAUAAGGUGUAUGAGUAAUAAUUAUGUAUUAUAUAAUGUUUGCAGUUAUGAUUCUUUUUUAAUUUUUUAGAUAUGUUUAAAAUGAAUGCUUGCCAGCAUGUUUUUAACAGCUGAAUGCCAUAAAUAUAGCUUUCACAUACUGCAUAGCAUCUGUGUUGUAGGACAACCAUGGCCACAUGGACAAUGUAUAAUAAACUUUGUACAUCUCAUGUUCGGGACUUGUCUUCAUAUUCAUUUCAGCCUGAUGAGUUGUGACCACAGACAUAGCUAUAGUAUUGUGUAUUGAUCUACUGUACUUUCGAAAGAAAAUAAAAAUGAUGUAGACUUC